AAAUCUUCAUUUUUUAUUUUGUACAGCUUCCCAGGAGAUAAUUACUCCCAUUAAAGUUGGAGAUCUUUGCUCUUGGCACACAUGAAAUGAGUCUUGUUUAGCUGGGCACAGUAAAAUGAAAUGACCAGAAGAUAAUGGUGAAAACAGCAAAAGGAGAAAGCAAGUGCCAGGCAGGGAUUCUCCAGAGCCUCUUUUUUAAAUCUUGGGGAAAUCAUACUCACUGAGGAAUAGAAGCCAGGGCAGAUGAGGCCUGCAUGGACUGUGGGUCAGCUAGGGAAUCAGAACCAGGAAGAGGCUGGAAUCAUUGUCAGGACUGAGAAUGUGGUGUGAGUUUAUUCUGAGGGUGGCCAUGUGGGCACCUUGGCCAUAUUAAUAAUCUCUUUCCCCCCUCCAUGAUGGUGGCAGGUGCAGGAGCUGACUUCGUGAUGCUGGGUGGCAUGCUGGCUGGGCAUAGUGAGUCAGGGGGUGAGCUUAUCGAGAGGGACGGCAAGAAGUACAAGCUCUUCUAUGGAAUGAGUUCUGAAAUGGCCAUGAAGAAGUAUGCUGGGGGUGUGGCUGAGUACAGAGCCUCAGAGGGAAAGACAGUGGAAGUUCCUUUUAAAGGAGAUGUGGAACAUACCAUCCGAGACAUCCUAGGAGGGAUCCGCUCUACGUGUACCUAUGUGGGAGCAGCUAAGCUCAAAGAGUUGAGCAGGAGAACUACCUUCAUCCGAGUCACCCAGCAGGUGAAUCCAAUCUUCAGUGAUGCGCGCUAGACCUGAGCAGUUCUGCCCUCCCAAGACACCAGUAUUCUACCAUGG